CGUGCGGAUCUUUUGUAUAGCACUUUCAAAAAAUCUUCGCACAUCAUUAGUGGACCCGGUAAAAUACAAGUGCAUUUCACUCCCGCUUUACCCAUCGUGUCGCGUCGAAACAGCCAGUGCAAAAACUCGCCCACGAUUGUGCGCGUUUCCCCGAUUUGUUGAAAUCAUCCUCUUUCGUUUAGUGUCGUGUACACCGGAAAGGAGAGGAAAGAGAAGUGCGUCGCGCGAUCGCGCCGCGAAAGGCGUCUUUCUUCUUCGUCUUUUGCUUUUCCUCUUCAACGUGUCUUCUUCCGCCUUCAUUCACGAAUAAAAAAACUCGCGUGUGAUCUUUGGUGCUUCGUGAACGUGUUUACGCUCAACGUUAUAUAUAUACGUGUAUAUAUUUAAUUUAUAGUCCCGUCGAGUAGCGAAUUCAGUGAUGAAUUUUUUUUAAUGACGUGCUAGUGCACCAAACACUGUGAUUGGGAUUACCAUGCUGGACACGGCCACGAGUCACAGGUGGUCGUUGGAUGCUCAGGCAGAAGCAGUGAAGAGUCUAGAUUGGCAGCAGCAUGCUUACGAGAUAGCAUCUCAAUAUCCACAAUCUUCCUGCUGAGGCUACCUUGCCAUGUUGUUUAGGUGAGCGGGAAGGGAGGCGCUGACCGGUGGCGGCGGCGGCCAUGCGCCCAGGCCCGCCAAUCACGAGCCGCCGCAGGCCUCCCCGUCGCCAGCAGCUACCGCAUCGUCUCCAUAGGCCGCAGUCCAAAGUGAAACAGAAUAAACGGUCAAUCUCCAACUUUCAGACGUUUUUUCUGUUGUUCCUGUUGGCCUCAAAUCCAAUUCUUGCCCUGGCAGAUCCACCGCCUGCCACUGCACUUCCUGGUCUCGUACCCAACGAUCAACUUCACCGGAAGUGCCUAUCGCCGGAGGAGGACCAGCGACAAAGCUUACCGAUCUCGGAGAGGGCGCUACAGAAACCGCAGAACCUCACUAUCGGUUACCUAACGGCCAUCAAGGGCGUCAUGAAAGAUCGACAGGGCCUUGCCAUCUCUGGUGCACUUUCCAUGGCACUCGACGAGAUCAAUAACGACCCGAACAUCUUGCCAAAUGUGAGACUGGUGAUGCGAUGGAGCGACACGCGAGGAGAAACAAUAGAAGCAACAAAGGCGAUGAUCGACAUGAUCUGCGACGGAGUGGCCGCUUUUUUCGGUCCAGAAGGCUCCUGUUACGUCGAGGCCAUCGUCUCUCAAUCCCGCAAUAUACCCAUGAUCAGCUAUAAAUGUUCAGAUUACAAGGCAUCGACAGUAAACACCUUUGCUCGAACUGAACCACCGGAUACUCAAGUCACAAAAUCGGUAAUAGCCCUAUUACUCCAUUAUGACUGGAACAAAUUCACGAUCAUCGCGGAAAACGCCUGGUCGACCGUCGCUAAAUCGUUGGAGGAUCAAGCCGUCAAGCACAAUCUCACCGUUAAUCAUCGUAGAUUUGUCGAAGAUCGGCACGUUUGCUGUGCAGAGAGGCUACCAUGCUGCCAAGUCAGCAUUUGGUUUCAACUUAUACAGGAGACUAAGAACAUGACUCGAAUUUACAUUUUUUUGGGAACGGCGAUGUCACUAUGGGACCUGAUGAAUUCAAUGCAAAAUCAAAGGCUCUUGGAUAACGGAGAAUACAUGGUAAUUUUCGUAGACAUGAUGACCUACUCACAAAAAGAGGCGCAGAAAUACUUAUGGAGACCCGACGACCUCGACACUCUGAGAAAUUGUCUCGAACCCAAGGAUUUCCUCACGAAGGCUAAAUCUCUCCUUGUAGUCGUUUCCACCCCACCUACUCAAAACUACGAGAAAUUCACCGAAAAAGUACGGGAGUACAACAACAACUCGCCCUUCAACUUUUUAACUCCCAAUUUGUUUGUCAAUGGUCCAAAAAAGUUUGAAAAGUAUGUGUCUAUCCAUGCAGCAUACCUUUACGACUCUGUUAAAUUGUAUGCAAGGGCACUGGAUCAGCUUAUAAGAAACAAUCCAAAUAGUACUUUGGAGGAAAUCGCUAGCAACGGAACUUUGAUAAUAGAAACGAUAAUCAAGAACCACACAUAUCAAAGCGUUAGCGGGGCGACCAUCAAGCUCGACAAAAAUGGAGAUUCGGAGGGAAAUUUCUCUGUACUGGCUGUCAAGAAAGACCCUUUUCAAUCUAAUAAUUUUUCCUGUGAUUACCAAAUGAAACCAGUCGGCCGGUUCCAGCAGGGUGAAACUCUACUUUAUCGGCCGUCGGAAGCAAUGGACUGGCCUGGUAAAAAUAAACCGGAAGCAGAACCCGGUUGUGGUUUUCUAAACGAGCAUUGUCCCCAGGAUGAUAUGCAUCUUCGCAGCAUAAUAGCCGCUGGCGUUUUGGCAGCUUUGCUAUUUUGUGCCACCGUAGUCACAAUAAGUAUAUAUCGAAGGUGGAAAAUUGAGCAGGAAAUCGAGGGUUUACUUUGGAAAAUUGACCCUAAGGACAUACACGGUUAUCCCCAUCUGGACAACUUGAUGUCGUCGCCUAGUAAGUUAAGUUUAGUUAGCGCAAUUUCCUACGAGUCGAGAUGCGGGAAUCAAGUAUUUGCGCAGACAGGACACUAUCAUGGUGUGGUCGUGAGAAUAAAGGAGCUCAAGUUUUCAAAGAAGAAGGACAUUUCACGAGACGUUAUGAAGGAGAUGCGCAUUCUCCGUGAAAUAAGACACGGUAAUCUCAAUUCUUUUAUCGGAGCGUGCGUGGAACCCAUGAGGAUAUUAUUAAUUACUGAUUAUUGUGCCAAAGGAAGUCUUUAUGACAUCAUUGAAAAUGAAGAUAUAAAGUUAGACGAUAUGUUCAUUGCAUCGUUAGUUCAUGAUCUCAUUAAGGGUAUGUUGUAUAUUCACGAGUCAUCCGUACUAGUCUGCCAUGGUAAUCUCAAAUCUUCCAACUGCGUCGUGACUUCGCGCUGGGUUCUCCAAGUUUCCGAUUUUGGUCUUCACGAUAUGCGCCAUUGUGCAGAGUCGGAUAGCAUCGGCGAACACCAGUAUUAUAGAAACUUGUUUUGGAAAGCACCAGAGUUACUGAGGAAUCCGAAUGCCCCUAUCAGAGGAACUCAGGAAGGAGAUUUAUACUCGUUUGCGAUUAUUCUCUAUGAGAUGAUUGGAAGAAAGGGGCCUUAUGGCGGAGUGGAUAUGGAACCCAAAGAUAUCAUAGACCAAGUGAAAAGGUUCCCAGAUGAUGGUGAGCCACCGUUUAGACCUAAUAUAGAUGUCCUCUAUGAAUCCGAGGCAGAAUGUGCCGAAUAUAUUGUUAGUACCAUUACCGAUUGUUGGGCCGAAUGUCCGGAACUCCGACCUGAUUUCAAAACGAUCAGGACCAGGCUGAAAAAAAUGAAAGCUGGAAGACACCGCAAUAUUAUGGAUCAAAUGAUGGAUAUGAUGGAAAAGUAUGCCAAUAAUCUCGAAGAUCUAGUCAGUGAGCGUACACGCCUUCUCUUCGAGGAAAAACAAAAAACAGAGGACCUCCUUCACAGAAUGUUACCUGAGCCGGUUGCCAAUUGUUUAACGAAAGGCAUCGGAGUAGAACCAGAAGCUUUCGACUUGGUUACUAUAUAUUUCAGUGAUAUCGUUGGUUUUACAGCGAUGUCUGCGGAAAGCACUCCUUUUCAGGUGGUCAAUUUUCUUAACGAUUUAUACACUUUGUUUGACCGCAUCAUCAAAGGAUACGACGUGUACAAAGUAGAAACGAUAGGAGAUGCGUACAUGGUGGUUUCAGGUCUGCCAAUAAAAAAUGGAAACAGGCACGCUGGAGAAAUAGCCUCGAUGUCUUUAGAGUUACUGAAUGCGGUUAAACAUCACACUAUAGCUCACCGUCCUCAGGAAACUUUGAAGCUUCGAAUCGGAAUUCAUACUGGACCAGUUGUCGCUGGCGUCGUGGGAUUGACGAUGCCGAGGUAUUGUCUUUUUGGUGAUACCGUCAACACUGCUUCCAGAAUGGAAUCCAAUGGAGAGCCUCUUCGUAUUCACAUAAGUGCCCAGUGCAAAGAUGCACUCGAUAAAGUCGGUGGUUACAUCGUCGAAGAACGUGGUUUAGUACAAAUGAAAGGAAAAGGAGAAGUUAAGACUUACUGGCUCACUGGAGCUACUGAAAAAGCUAUUCAAAAAAGAGAGGUUGACAUCAACGACCUUCCUCCCUUAUUCUGCAGACCCAGGCGGAGUCCGAAGUUAAAUCCUGACUCUCGCCAACCUUCCUUACUCGGAGGAUUAGGAGCUGGAAGCAGAAGGCAAUCGAGCGUCCCGAGGCCGACGCCCGAAGACUCCUCAUCGCAAUGCGGAGGUUCAAGUCCCCUCCCUCGUCACCUCCUGGUCCGCAAACUCGACCGAUCUCCUCUCUUCCUCAUGGAGAGCUCUUCUAAAACUACCCUGGACAACCUGACAAUCCAAGAGGAAGCCGAGAACCGAGCAGCCAAUAUCAAACUCGCCUUGGACGAUCUUUUCCUCGACAGGCCGAGCAUGAAGAAAAACAACCGAGUUCUCUCCACCAUCGCAUCCUCUUCUUCAACGAGCGACUAUCCCUCACUCAUCCGGGAAUCUCGUUCUCUUGAUCCCUUCCCCUCGGAACUCUACAACAAGCGGUUCGAGUCUUCACAACUUCCUUGGAAAGAUACCAAGAAGAGUUUCAGGUCGAUGGAGAAUUGUGACAAGUGGACAAGGACACAUUCAAAGACAAAUCUUACAGACAAAGUGUUAAAUAACAAUUACCCCAACGGCAAUGUGAUAAUAGUGCCUCGUGCUGAAAACUCGACCAACGAAGCCGAAAUUCCACUUUUGGGCGAUGACAACGGAUGCAUCGGAGAAGCUGUCCCAGUCAAACGAUGGCGUUCUCUCGACCAAGUCGUCCCGACCCCGAGUGCCGAAAAUGUGCCUGAUAAAAAAUCCUCCGCCAGGAAUUCUAUCAAAAGCUGGUUAGUCAAUCUGUUUAAUGGCAACGGAUUGAGAAAUAGUGAUGCGUCACUUAGACGUGGUGUCAUUGCCGGAUACGACAUCCAGUCUGAGAGAGAAAGCAUUGUUUGACGCUGGUCCAGCCUAUUUUUUACUUUUUCAAAUCAAAAAUGCAACUCCAUCACCCACGGAAAAAAAGGUUUUCGAGUUUAGACAGUGUUCGGAAAUUUUUAGUCUUAGAAGUAACCGUGUUGGAGGUAUCGUUACUUUUGAAUAGUUUUGUAACGUGUUACGGUUCCCUAGACUAGAGAAGGUAAAGCUUUACCUUGACGUUACUUCAGUUAAGUAAAAAUUGAAUUAGAGUUUCGUUUUCUGAGAAAGGAAAAACGGGAGCAAUUGUAGAGUGAUUUGUUUCAAAAAUUUGAGGAGUUUUGACGAUUUGAAGAAUUAAACUUUAGGAAAUAUCAAUUUAUCGGAACAUUUCAAUAAUCCGUUAUUCGAAGUCAAUUUAGUUCAACCGAAUUUAAUUGUCAUUCAGUUGCCUUUAAUUAAAUUGAAAUCAAUUGUAAUGAAUUUAAAAUUACGUGAAUUGAGUUUAGUUCAAUUGAAAUCUAGUAAAUGUAAGUCAGUCCAAAUAAAUUAAAAUGAAUUCUAGUAAAUUUAAGUAAAUGUAACGGAUACGACAAACCUUCCACUAAAUUUAAAUCAACUUGAGUGAAUUUAAAUCAAUUCUAGUCAAAUCAAUUGCAGUAAUUUCUACAGAAUAGCAUUUACGUAUAUUGUCAUAAUUAUAUAACAAUUUAAGCUAAUUCAACUGUCACGUAAUUACAAUUAAAUCAAAGAAAUUCCACUAAAUUCAAAUUAAUCCCGUACAAUUCUCUUCAAUCUAGCUGAAUUUAUUUAUUUUUUCUGUGGAAUUCUCUUGACUUGAGUUCAAUUUAAUUAAAUUCAGUAGAAUAAUAAAAUUGAAUUCAGUCAAAAUCGUUUGUUCUGACUUGAAUAUACUUGAAUUGACUGGGAUUCCCUUGAUAUGAAUUUACUCAAACCCAGUGAAAUUAGUUUGAAGUGACUUCGCUGUUUUAUGAUUCAGUGGUAAUAUCUCUCUUGCCUUUAGUUGAAUUGCAUUUAAUUUCGUAAUUCGUUUUAAUUGAUUAAAAUGUAAUAGAAUUUAGUGGAAUUGUUUUGAUUUGAGUUGAAUUGACUUAAUUUAAUGGAUUUCAGUUCAAUUAAUCGUAGUUGAAUUGAAUUUAGUAAAAUCGUUUCAACUGAUCUGAAUGCAGUUGAAUUCAUGUGACCUUAGACGUAGUAAAAUUCAGUAAAACUCCCUUGCCUUAAAUUGAAUUGACUUAACUUUUAAUUCAAUUUAACUCGUUUUAAUUUACUCAAAUUUAGUAAAAUUCACUUGAAUUUAUAUAAAUCCAAUUAAAUUGAAUUUAAUUUAGUGGAAUUCACUCAAAUGCCUUGAAUCUUCUUGAAUCAGUAGAGUGGAAAUUAAUUGAUUAUUGGACCUAAAUUCUGUGAAGUUCAAUUGAUUUCACUUUAAUUGACUUGAACUUAUUUAAUUGAAUUUAUUGGAACUUGAGUACAUUUUAUUUGGUGUAAAAUGUAAUUUUUUAAUGUAUUCUAUUAAAUUCAAGAGAAUUGCAAGUGAGACGCAAUUUAACUUAAUUUAAUUUAGUUAUAGUGAAUUCUCUAGAAUGGAAUAAAAUCAAGUUCAAGUUAAUAUGCAAACAGCUGGAUUGUUUCGCUGAUAUUUUGAAGCUUUCAUUCAACUAAUUUUUCUUUAGACAAUAUUAUAUUUUUUUCUUAUAGUUUAUGAAUUAUAAAUUUGACAAUUUCUUCUAAUUCUUUCUUGAAGAAAAUAUCACUACGGGGUUUUCCACGAAGCAUCACAUUUACAAUUUACUAGCAUAAUUUUUUCGUUUUUUUUUCAACAUUCUUAUAUUGGGCUCAAAAUCUACGUGAGUUAAAAGAUUACUGAAAAUUUAAAUAUUUUAGUAUUAUCGCAUCUUAUAUUCUAAUAAGCAAACUAUUCACAAACUUUUUUUGUUUAUGUAAACUAGAAUUGAAAACAGAAUAUAACUAAAACGACCUCGUUACACGUUACUGUUAUUUAAAAAACUAUACUUUUCAAGUAACGCAUUACUUCUGGACACUGAGUGUGAGAAUUCAGUUAUUAUUUAUAGGGAUUUACAAAUUUGUAUGAAUUUCGAAAAUUUGUACAAAUUUACAAAUUUAGGUAUUUACAAUUUACAAUUUACAAAUUGAAUGGACAAGAUCGGUGUGGUCUGAAGACGGAAACAUUUUUUUUAUGAUUUGUACAAGUGCUUACGUAUUGUAAGAGCAGAACAAUUAAAUUAUUAAUUGAAAAACGACCUAAAAUUAAGAAAUUAUGAAUUUAUCGAUUCUGGGUCGAUUUUCGAAAUUGAGAUGUAUUUAAAUCUUAAUUGUUAGAAAAGAAUUUUUUUUCGUUUGUGGAGGAUUGCGUCACCGUUCCGAGUCACGAAUCAUGUUUGCCAUUUUUAGAACCGUUUCUUUAAGCUUAGCUGCGUGCAAUUUUUGUAUAUGAGAGUUACCGACAGUGUAUAUUUUUAAAGGAUAGAAUUAUUUUAUAAUAAACUUGCGAGCAUGCCUUGAAUGCAAAGAGACAUUUUUACACAAUGCCCGACUGUCGCGACGUCUACUCAGAUUUUUUUUUUAUUAGCGCGCGACUUCUAUUUUUUUUGCCUGUUUUCUUUUUUUACAACGAAAAAUGAGAAAAAUAUUCUAACCAAAGUUGACGAAAGCGAAAAGAGAAUCAGAGGAUAUCUUUGGUAUCUUUGGACUCGUUGAAAUGUAGGGAAUGGUGCGAGAUGUACGAGUGAGCUUGGCUCAUUUUCAAUUGUAUAGUUUACGUAUGUACAUAAUAGUGCACAUGAAAAUAUAUUCAUCUAUGCGCGUAAUGCAUUAGAGGCGCGAGAGCGCGCAGACCUGUACAUCUAUAUAUGUAUUUAUAUUCGUUCACUGAAGGAAAGCAAAAUAUCUGUAUGGCUGUGAAAAGUGAACUAGAUGGUACCUAAGGUGCUUAGUAAUAUAUCAUGUUGUCAAAUGUAUAUAACUGAAUAAUAAUAUAUCGAUGUAAAAAUACUAUGUAAAUUAAAAAUUAUUACCUUCUAUAAUGGUUAAUUAAAAUAUACCUUUUCAA